AUGCAGACGAGGUCGAGCAACGUCCCCGGAGUCGUGACGAGACUGCAGUCUUCCGCGUCGUCCUCCAGCCAAGCAGCCUCGCACGCCAGAACCAACGCCCGGGCGGUCUCUCAGCAGCAGCAGCAGCAGCAGCAGCAACAGCAGCAACAGCAACAAGAACAGCAGCAGCAGCGGUCGCGGCCCCGACGCUCCUUGCCAGAGAGUGGCUCCUCUAGACCUCAUCAACGCUCGCCAUCGCCUCGCGCCAGAGCUCCAAGCGCUGCCCCUCGCCCUAGCGACGACGACGACGACGGCAACAGCAGGGAGCGUGAAGCUGGCGGCGGCAGCAUAGUAGCGUCCAUAGAAGCGGAGAGCGCUCAGUCUCGCCACGAGAGCGCGCCGCUCAACAGCCCGGAUAGCGGAAGUCAUAUCUGCCUCUGCACUCCAGCGCCCAAGAUCCCGAGGCCUCGGAACGCCUUCAUACUAUAUCGCCAAAACAAGCAGGCCCAGGUCGCAGCCAGGAACCCCGGCCUCCCGAACCCGGAGAUCUCCAAGAUCAUCGGGUCCCAGUGGCAGAAGGAGCCCGAGGACGUCAAGAACUUCUGGCGUCACAACGCCGCCGAGGAGAAGCGCAACCACGAGAAGCAGUACCCGGGCUACAAGUACACGCCGCGCCGCGCCACCAAAGCGGGCCUCUCGGCGCUCAAGAACCUCUCCCUGGGCGACCAAUACUCCUCCCCCGGCGACCAGAGCGGCGGCGGCAGCCACUGCUCCAAGUGUGGCGGCAGGUUCAUCAACAUGCCCACGACGCCCGGACUGCCUAGCAACACCACCACCACCACCACAGAUUCGCAAAUAGGCACGCCCCGCACGCCCGCCAUGCCCACGGCGAUGGCCUCGUCCAGGAUGCCGGAAAGCGGCAUCCGCGGAGGCCCGCCCCCGCCGCUGCGCCGUGAGGCCUGGGACUACGACGCCCCGGACCGCGGCUACGGACGGGACGCGGACAUGAGCCCCCGGCGGCGCUUUCCUCCCAGCCUCCACAAGCGCGCGCUGGGCGAGGUGCCCGAGCACUACGGCGGCCGCGGUGACCACCUCUACUACCACGACGACGACUACGCCCAGAUGGCGUCGCCAUCCAAGCGGCCGCGCCACUACAGCGACGGCUACGACGAUCCACCGCCACCGCCGCCGCCGCCGCCGCCGCCGCCGCACCACUACUACGGCCCGCCGCGCCAACCCAGCAGCGGGGGCGGAAUAUAUGCGGGCUCGCCGCUGUCAUACCCGGCGACCCCGCGUCACUACCUGCCGCAGCACCCCCAGCAGCAACAGCAGCAACAGCAGCAGGGGCCGCCGCGGGACUGGCAGUACGGCGGGAACCAGCAGCCGCAGCGGAACCCGCAGGCCAUGAACGGGGCCAUCUCGGGCCCGCCGCCGCCGUCUGGUCCUAUCAUCGGCUCGCUGCACAAGCCGAGGGUCGCGUCCGUCGGGACCGGCUACCCCAGCCCCGGCCGCCCGUCGCCGGCCAUGCCGACGGGCUACCGCCACCCUAGAGCCGACAGCAUGUCGCCGCGGCGCCGGGCAGUGACGCAGGGCGCGCCGCGGCGCGACGACGUGCUGUCCCCGCAGCUGGUUGGGCCGCCGCUGCCGCCGCAGCAGCAGCAACUGCAACAACAACAGCAACAACAACAGCAACAGCAACAGCGCCUGCCGGCGGUCAGGGCGCUCGGUAGGCCGGUCGGCGGCCACGAGUCGCUGCGCCUGCCGCCGCUCAAGACGCACAACGUGCCUCUGGCGCCGCCGCUACCGCUACCGCACGCCGCGCCGCCCCCGCCGCACACCACCAGGGGCGGCGGCGGAGUCGACGAAUCAGAGGAGCGGCAGCGGCGCGAGUCGUCACAGUCGACGCCGCCGCACUACGCGACGCAGCACGGGCCGUCGUCCGUCGUCAGCCAGGGCGAGGUGGAGCGGCGCACGGUCGAGGCCAUGGUCAUGACGAUCCCGUACGCCAACAAGGUCGACACGCUGCUCAACAUCAGCCCGCCCCUGGGGCCGCCCGCCCCGGGGAGCCCGGGAGAGGCGGCGGUGCAGACGAGGGGCCCCGUCGUGGCGGUCGAGGGCACGGCCUUGGCGCUCAUGGUGGCCGUCGGCGAGGCCAUCAGAGACGAGCUCGAGCGGUCGGGCGAGUGCGCCGUCGGCCUGUGGCGCAACGUCGAGGGCGUGCCUGGCGGCGGCGGCGGCACGGGCCCGGCUCCGGGUCCGCCGUCGGGGAGGGAGGCUGAGGUUGUGGUGCUGUCUGAUGACGAGGGGGAGAAGGGGGGUGUUGGGGCGGACAAGCAGAAGCAGCAGCAGACAAAAGCUGGCGAGAAUGACGACGCGGUUGCUGGCGACAAGACCCCGUCAGCGGGCGGCGACGUCGAGAUGAGCGGCGUCACCAACAGCCAGACGGCGUCUGAAAGCAGCAAGCCCCAGCAGCAACCGCAACAGCAACAGGUCCAGCGACACCAGCCUAACCCGUGGCUGGCGUACAUGAGCGUCAUCCAAAAGUGGCACAUCAAGUCGGAGGAGAUGAUCAAGUUCAUCACGACCAAGCCGCCGCCGCCGGCCUCCGCCGACAGCAGCAGCAGCAACAGUCACAACAACAGCAACAGCAACAGCAACAACAAGGCCAAGACACCGGUGGCGCUGAUCCAGGGCGGCUACCAGCUCAUGGCGGCGGACCGGUGGGCGACGCGGGUGCCCAUCACCGACGCGUACGCGCCCGUGGACCACUGGCAGUGGAUGGCGACGCUGUGGCGCGGCAUCGUGGGGCCGGACCUGUUCGUCUACGUGCGCAAGUCGCCGCCCGAGGACGUCGAGGCCCUGGGCGUCGUCGAGUUCAAGGGCCCGCGCCUCAUGGUCGUGCGCGUCGCCGGCAGCAGCGGCGGCCAGCAGGCGCCGCACCUGGACGAGAAGACGGAGCGCCGCGUGAGGUUCGAGGUCAUGGAGUGGGUGAGGGCGGGGAGCUAUAAGAGGGGAUUUGGAAGGUUUCUUUGAGUUCUUGG